GCCUUCAAAGUUCUUAAAAUUGAAGAAUAUAGAUACCAAAAAAAGUUAUAACAAAGAAGAUUUAAUUUCAACAUAACCUAGCUUUAGCUUAUUAUUUUUUGGUCAUGGAAGGUGUGCUACAAAAAGAUCCAUACUUACAUAAGCAAGAAGAGUCAUUUCAAAGGCAUUCGAUAAAAUUGAAACGAUACAAAAAAGAUCCUAUAGCAGAAAACUCAGGUGAGGGCUCUGUAUCUGACGAUGAUGAAACAACUGAAGUUAACAUGCCAUUACCUAGAAAAUUAAGUAAAAAAGGAGCAAAGAAGAGAGUUAUUUCAGUGCCAAUUAAAGAUUGUGAUAUAUCAAGAAGUAAUUAUAAAGGGGAAAUUUAUCCUCCAUUUGAUUCAUCUACAUGGAGGAAGUAUGGCCAAAAACCAAUUAAAGGAUCACCUUAUCCCAGGGGUUAUUAUCGAUGUAGUAGUUCGAAAGGUUGUCCAGCAAAAAAACAAGUAGAGCGUUGCCACCAUGACCCCAAUGUACUCAUUAUCACCUACUCCUCCGACCACAACCACCCUCUUCCGGCGGCCGCCACCAAACACCGCCACCCGACCACCACUUUUGCUGCCACAAACACCGAACAAUCGACCAUCUUCACUGACCAACCGGAAAACGACUUCAUCAUGGCCGAGGUCGGUGCCGGAGAGUUAUUAGGUUGUUUUUCUUAUGUGGGGCCCACAUUGUUGGAAUGUACUUCGCCGACGAUGGUGGGGUCCACUUGGGUCGAUGAUGACGUGGCUUUCAUGUUGCCGAUCGGCGAGGAGGACCAAUCAUUGUUCGGUGAUCUUGGAGAGUUACCAGAAUGUUCGAUGGUUUUUCGACGAUAUAAUCGUAUCGUUGAUGGUAUAUGAGAAUUGGAUUCGAUCUAUAAUAAAAUAUAAAUCUAUUAUGGAUAUUAUUUGAAGGGCCAGUCUAGUCUACAUUUCGAUCCACAGGGAUCAACUACAACUCUUUUUUUCUUUUUUUUU